UUUGAUAUAAAUAGAAUCGUCUUCAAAUCGAUUACAGUAGGUGGCACCAGCAAAAUAUCGAUGGAGCCAGUAGGAGACGUCAGUGGCUCAAAACAUGUCGUACGCUGUGUUGUCGCGUUAUGGAGUAAGGUUAACCGAGUCACAAUCAUCUUUCCCGCGAGUGACAUUCCAUUCCCUGAACGGUGCAAAUGUUCCUAAUUACCGAUCACGAGUCAGCAUCGACGAAUCGUUCGUAAGAUAUCAGAAAAUUAGACAGGCCAGGUGACAAGGUGCGAGUGGUGCGCGCAGUUGUGGGGAAAGGUAUGUGGUGGGGGCAGCACUGUGCUUUAAACGGAGUGGGGAGAGAGAGAGUUCGUAGUAAGAAGAAGGACGCGUGAUACGUGAAUGAAAGAGAGGGGCUAACGGUAGCGAGAUCGUGGAAAAGAGAGAGAGCAAAGUUUCGUUCAGAGGCUCACGAUAGCCCGUGGGAACAAGACGGCCGAACGUUGGCGGGAGAAGGAUAAACGACGAACGAGAAGGAAGGGUAGAUUCACGAGGGAGAGGCGACGAGUUUGUUUAUCGCCUUGGUGAACGGCGAGAGCAGUCAGUGCGGUGCUACACUUGGCCUGUAGUGGUUGGAGCGAUCAGUCGGUCGGUUCUUCUGACAACUUGCUUCGUGUUGUGAGUGGGUGUCGUGUUUUCUCAUGUCAACGUCCGUCGGUUGAGAAUCUCGUGCCGGAAGAACAUGCCGCGAACCGCUGCCAAAACAUAGUUUCGUUCGGUCGUGUAUCGUUGUGCCAAAGAUCACGGUGACAUUUCGUGUGGUACAAUCGGCUGGAGGGAAGCUGCUACACACCGGGUUCACCGAAACAGAUACGUCAAACAGAGGAGUCGAUGAUCGGUCAGUGUGGUCAAAGUGAUCCAACCAAGUGUCGUGUCGCGUUUCUAAUCGUGUUUUAAACUCCUUUUGUUCCUUCUUCUUCUCGUCGUCGCGCGGGGAAAACGAGAAGCAAUGUUAAAAUAAAAUUUAAAUGAAAAUUCGCGUUUCGAUCGUUGCAUCUUGUCGUUGGUGUCUGAUCGUGAAUCGGUGUCCAAGCAAUCGUAGUUUCGGCUGUCUCAUUUCUUUAUUGGCCGUUUGAAUCGUUGACGAGAUGAUCGUCCAAACGAGCUCGUUGUGCGUGCUGGUGUUGCUGAUCGGUGCCUUAGUGAAGUCGAAAGCUGAACCACGCUCGAGAUCAUCCCCGAUUUACACCAAUCAGUUUGCGGUCCAUGUGCCGGAUGGUCCGGACGCCGCUGCGGAGAUCGCCGCCAAACACGGAUUCGACAACUACGGACAGAUUGGAGCGUUGAAGGAAUACUUCCUGUUCGCCGACAAACGACUUCACAAACGAUCCCUUUCCAGCAGCGAGUCGCAUCACAAGACGCUAAGGGAUGAGCCGCGGGUGCGAUGGUUCCAGCAGCAGCACGAGAAGAAACGCAAGAAGAGAGAUUUCAUGCCCACGUCGUUCCCGUUCGCCGAUUAUCCGUCGUUUUUCGACGAAUUUGGCCCUCGUCCUAGGCAGGCCACGUUCCAUCGACAAAGGAAUAGAGGCGUACCUCUUCAGAACCUGUUCACGGAUCCGCUCUUUAAGGAACAGUGGUACCUGAACGGCGGCGCUAAAGAUGGCUACGAUAUGAAUCUUGGACCCGCUUGGCAAAAGGGUUACACAGGCAAGGGUGUAGUUGUGUCGAUCCUCGACGACGGCAUACAAACGAAUCAUCCGGACUUGGCGUUAAAUUACGAUCACCAGGCCAGCACGGACAUCAACGACAACGACAACGAUCCGAUGCCAAGGGACAACGGUGACAACAAGCAUGGAACACGAUGCGCUGGCGAGGUCGCCGCAGUUGCUUUCAACCAAUAUUGUGGUGUUGGCGUCGCGUAUAAUGCCAGCAUUGGAGGCGUGCGAAUGCUCGAUGGCCCGGUAAACGAUGCUGUCGAAGCCAGAGCACUCGGAUUGAAUCCUGAUCACAUCGAUAUAUACAGUGCAUCAUGGGGGCCCGAGGAUGACGGAAAAACUGUCGACGGCCCUGGCCCUCUUGCCAGAAGGGCGUUUAUUUAUGGAGUAACCAGCGGUCGCAAAGGCAAAGGCUCGAUCUUCGUGUGGGCAUCGGGCAACGGUGGUCGGCACACGGACUCCUGCAACUGCGACGGCUAUACAAACAGUAUUUUCACCUUGUCCAUAUCGAGCGCAACCCAGGGCGGUUACAAGCCCUGGUACCUCGAGGAAUGCAGCUCCACGUUGGCGUCCACAUACUCGUCGGGCACGCCGGGCAACGACAAGAGCGUCGCCACGGUGGACAUGGACGCGAAACUGCGACCGGACCACAUCUGCACGGUCGAGCACACCGGAACUUCCGCCUCGGCGCCCCUGGCUGCGGGCAUAGCCGCCCUGGCGCUCGAGGCGAACCCCAGUCUCACGUGGAGGGAUAUGCAGUACCUGGUGGUCCUCACCUCCAGGUCCGGCCCUCUCGAGAAGGAACCCGGCUGGAUAUUGAAUGGCGUCAAGAGAAAGGUCUCCCACAAAUUCGGUUAUGGCCUCAUGGACGCCGGGGCUAUGGUCAGCCUCGCCGAGCAAUGGACCAACGUGCCGCCUCAACAUAUCUGCAAGUCCGAUGAGAUCAACGAGGAGAGACGUAUCGACCCGACCUACGGUUACACGUUAAGCGUCUCCAUGGACGUUACCGGCUGCGCUGGAUCCUUGAACGAGGUUCGAUUCCUCGAGCACGUGCAGUGUAAGGUUUCAUUAAGGUUCUUCCCUCGAGGCAAUCUGCGAUUGCUGUUGACAUCCCCGAUGGGUACAACGUCGACUUUACUGUUCGAAAGGCCACGGGACGUUCUUAGCUCGAGCUUUGACGACUGGCCCUUCCUUAGUGUCCACUUCUGGGGUGAAAAGGCGGAUGGUCGAUGGACAUUGCAGAUCAUUAACGCCGGUAAUCGGCACGUCAACUCCCCAGGAAUUUUGAAGAAGUGGCAGCUGAUAUUUUACGGAACCGCGACGAACCCGAUUCGGAUCCGAACACGUCAAUUUAACCCGGUACAAGCGCAUUCUUCGUACGCCUCCGUGCCUUAUCCAUAUCCUGUAGACGAUGAUCCAUUAUCGCUGGGCCAUCGCGGCGACGUCGACUUCUUUCCUUCGUCUACCUUUCAGGGCUACCAGGGCCCGUACGUUGGUUCCGCGUCCAACGUCCAAGCAUCGGUGGCGACCCUGGAUGGUUCUUCGGCACCUAUCCUGACCAAUCGGCUGCCCGGGGACACGUCCUCGUCCUACGAUUCGCCCUCCUCGUUAUCCCAAGUCGGGGACGAGUCGUUGGACACCACUAGAAAGAUCCUUCACGAUUGUGAUCCUCAGUGUGAUCCUCAAGGCUGCUACGGCAAAGGACCCACACAGUGUGUUGCGUGUAAAAAUUAUAGACUCGACAACACAUGCGUGAGUCGAUGUCCACCCAGAAGCUUUCCAAAUCAAGGAGGAGUUUGCUGGCCCUGUCACGAGUCCUGUGAAAUCUGUGCCGGGGCUGGCCAGGAUUCCUGUCUUUCCUGCGCACCUGCUCAUCUUCGAGUUACUGAUUUGGCUGUUUGCCUGCAGCAAUGUCCUGAAGGAUAUUACGAGAACACGGAGAACGGAACAUGUGUACCUUGCGAGGCAAACUGUGCCAGUUGCCAAGAUAGGCCGGAUAAAUGUACCAGUUGCGAACAUCACUUGGUUAUGUAUGAAAACAAGUGUUACGCGGCGUGUCCUUUGUACACCUACGAGACUCAAGAUUACAACUGUGCGCCGUGCCAUUCUAGCUGCGAAACUUGCAACGGCACUGCUGAAAAUCAGUGCAUCUCUUGUCGCUCAGGAUUGUUCUCGCUAAACGGAACCUGUAAGGCGUCAUGUCCAGCUGGUUACAGCGCGGACAAGAAGCGCCGAGAAUGCGUUCCGUGUCCUCCAGGAUGCGCCACCUGUGCCACAGCGACCUGCACCAGCUGCAUCGACGGAUGGACCCUGAACAAAGAGAGUCUGUGCGCCCCUGAACACUACGAUCGCUGCGAUAUAUCCGAAUUCUUCGACAAUGGACACUGCACGUCGUGCCACACCUCCUGCAAAACUUGCGCUGGACCUGCGGACAGCGACUGCAUAUCCUGUCAGAACUCGCUGCUUCUUCAAGGAAAACGAUGUGUCUAUCAGUGCGAUGACGGAUAUUACUCCAUGGCGCAACCUUCGAGGGCUGUGUGUGUUCCUUGUUUACAUACUUGCAAGACCUGCGUGUCCAGGUUGAACUGCACCGCGUGUCAGGAUGGAUUGCAGCUGCAGAGCGGAGAGUGUAGGUCUUCUUGCGCGCAAGGGUAUUACAGCGACAGGGGUCAAUGUGCCAAAUGUUACCUCUCGUGCAAGACGUGUUCCGGGCCCCGAAGAGAUCAGUGCGUAACUUGUCCUCGAGGAUGGCAACUCGCAGCCGGAGAAUGUCAUCCGGAGUGUCCCGAAGGAUUCUUCAAAUCUAACUUCGGUUGUCAAAAGUGUCAUCACUACUGUCGCACGUGCAAAGGGGAAGGUCCAUUAGAAUGCACCUCGUGUCCUCCGCAUUCCAUGCUAGAAGGUGGUUUGUGCAUGGAGUGCCUCGGGGCGCAGUAUUACGACCCUCUGACGCAACUUUGCAAGAACUGUCACGCUGAUUGCCGAAGGUGUACGGGUCCUGGGAAAUUCAGUUGCGCGGCUUGUUCGCCGCCGUUGCAUUUAGACAAAUUGAAUAAUCAGUGCGUACCUUGUUGCACGGGCAACGAGAAGGGAACCGAAGCUGAAGAGUGUUGCCUUUGCGAUCCGGAAACUGGUGGCUGCAGGAACAGCUCACCGGCAGGUAAAAGAAGAGUGCCAGGCACAGAAUUUGCGGCGGCCGAUACGGCCAUUUCUGAAGUGUAUGCGAACUACGAGGGAACAGCCGAUAAAAACGAUUCAACUACACUGGCGAUAACAGCAACUACAACUAUUGCUGUUGCCAUCUGUCUGGUGUCCGUCGCAUUGUUUGCCACUAUUUUCAUUGCACUUCAGGCUAUGUCAAGCAGAAGAGAAACGAACAAAGGUUACACGCAGCUGGCCAUGAGGGUGGAGCCUCCUGACGAUGUGGAUGUUGACGACACGACGGAGCUGAUGACCUAGAUAUCUUCGGCAACGACAACCUCUCGUCGAAGAGUUAAAUGAAAGUCGUCCAAUUUCGACAUCAGGAUCAAAUUUAUCGGUGUGUUCGUGCGGCGUUAGUAAAAAAAAAAGAAAAAAUGGAACGUGUCAGUCGGGAUCGAUAACCGCCGCGAUUCCAGUUUAAAGAACAAAGUGGUCCCGGACGAAGAGGAACAAAAGUAAAAACACAAAAAAAAGUAAACAUAGAAAGAACAAAAUAUUAAAUAUUCGUUUGAGAGAAGAGAGGAGGAGGAAUAAGGGGAGAACAGUGUCGUAUAAGAACGGGGACGAAGGAUUCGUUCGAAUCGUGAUAGCAAAGACACCAUUUUCUUUUUUGGGGCGCACUGUACGUCGAAAGUGUGACUGUUGUUCACUUCUAUAAUUGACAGUGCGAUUGCGUGCUCGUUGUCGUGUGUGUGACGGUGAACGAGGUGUUUAAGUACGUAUUCUUUUAAUUUUUUUUUCUCUGAACGGUCAGGCGCGUCGAGAGCACAUGAGACCAGUGUGUAAAUGUCGUAAUAACUUUUAAUGCAAGUAACGCAGUUAAAAAAAAGGGUGACGGACAUUAUAAAGUGCCUGGUUUGCAACGCCCUUGACAACACCGUUUCGUCUACCCUUUUUCAUUGCCUUCUAUCCUGAGCAAAAAUGAUUUACGCGAUCGUGACGAUGAAUUUGAAAAAAUUGCAUUAAUUCUUAAGUUACGGACCAGAUGUACAUACCGACGAGAAACGGGGAUAGCAGGCUGAACAAAAGAAAAGGGAAGACAGUAGCAAUGUUAAAGAAAAGAAAAUGAAAAGGAGAUUUGUAAAAUGAUUUCUGGCCCCGGCAUGUGUAUCAGUCAUUCCGUCGUUAACGAAUAACCAACCGCAUUUUUGUAACUGUUUCUUGUUAUUGCUACAACAUUUUGUGUUGUUUGGAUGUCUUGUACGUUUUUAUUUCCACGCGUUAUUUCCGUUAUAUUCGUGUUAUUGUGAACAGAGAAUGACUACAUUGUUGGUGUGAUUACACCAGGAAACUAUAUUUUCUUUUUUUGGGGAUAAAAAACUGAAAAAGAACGUUUGCGCAGUAGACUCCCGUUAUAUUGCCGUAGACGAGAUCGUAGACGUAGACGAUUCCUUUAAAUUGGCAAUAUAGAGAUUCUUAAAGUGCAACGACGGAGUAUUAUUAACUAGUGAUGGAUCGCUAGAAUGGUGGCAAUAUAACGGGAGUCUACUGUAGUAAUAAUAGUAAUAAUAAUGGGAAGAACACACGAAACAGUCCUCGGUAAAUCUACUAUCCGCGCCUACCGUGUGAAUAUUGAAUUUCUCCUCGUGAUUUGAUAUAAAGCUAUUAUUGUACUUUUAUGAUGAACGCGAUUAUAAAUAUAUACAUAUACAUAUUAAUAUACAUAUAUAUAUCUAUAUACACACAUA